AUGGCCGAAUUCGCCAUCAGCAACGCGGUGCAUGCCUCGACUGGGCAUACCCCGUUCUUCGUGAAUGCCAUGCGGCAUCCACGCCUUCCGAGCACACUGAGGGUGAUGGCUUCCUCCUUAAGUGGGGGAGGAUCUACGGUUGCGUCCGAACAACCGCAGAAGACAGCUGAUACGGACCUAUCAGCUGCGAUGACACGUGCGAGAGCGAGAGCCCGCACACGACAAAGUGACGUGCCAGUGCCGAGCACUGACACUGUGAAGAACCGCGAGCGGGCGACACCUGCUGCGACAAAGGACAAUGUGUCUGUGCGAGGCACAGACACCGCGAAGACUCACGCACAGGCCAGUCCUGUUGUACGACCAUGUAACGUAUCGAUGCCGGGCAUCGAUACUGAAAAGCUUCACGCACACGCUGAGCCUGUAGUGAUCGGACACGAAGUGUCAGUGCCGGGCACUGACAUCCCAAAGAGCCAUGCACAGUCUGAGACUGAUGCGACCACAAGUGGUGAGUCUGUGCAGGGCACAGACGCGGACAAGACCAAUGAGCUGGACCCGGGCUUCAGCUCUCAAGCAAUGGACUUUGUCCACGAACGACAAGCAGUCGUUCGCUUUGUACAAGAUGCAAUUGCAGCUUCUGCGGAUAGGCAGAAGCUGAACGCAGACAAUAACGGAAGAGGUAAUACAAUGAAUUCAAAAUUGGUUCAUCGGUUUUGUUAUCUACGCAAAACUUGCCUACUCAUGCAGUCUCUGUUUUCGGAGCAAGCAAGCUUGCUCCGCGCUUCAUUGGGCCCUUCACGGUGA